GAGGGCGUCGCGUGCUUAGCACAAGUGCGUCUCCGUCUGUGUGUGUGUUGUGUGUGUGUCUCCCUCAUCCUGUGUGUUUACCUCAGGCUCCCGAGAGGGUCGACUGCGUCUAAACCUCCCCACUUACUAAUCGCUCGAUCGCGUCAGUCGACUCGCCGGCACCAUGGAGCCGCUGGGCACGCGGUCCAGCACCGUCGCCAUAGAGACGCUGGAGAAGUGGUGCCACGCUCGGCCCCAGCCGAGCGAGUCGGGCAGCCCGCAGGCGGCCCUGCCGCUCGGCACGGCCACCGCCGCUGUCGCCCCUCACGCCCGGUGCCCCCCCUCGCCCUUCCCGUACCGAGAUGACAUCAACGGAAAGAUCGCCCUAUGGAAGGGCGACGUGGCGCACCUGAACUGCAACGUCAUCGUGUGCCCCACCAACGAGCACCUCAACGACAAGAACGCCGUCAGCGACAGCGUGCACGCGCUCGCCGGGCCGCAGCUGCACGACGAGCUGCGCAAGCUGAACGGCUGCCGCACCGGAGAGGCCAAGAUGACGAAAGCCUUCGGCCUGGCGGCACGCUUCAUCGUGCACACGGUGGGGCCGCGGUACAACUCGCGCUACCGCACGGCGGCCGAGACCUCGCUGCACGGAUGCUACAAGCGCGUGCUGCACAUCGCCACGGAGAAUCGCCUGAAUUCCGUGGGGCUGUGUGUCAUCAAUACGCCCAGGAGAGGCUUCCCAGCAGCUGACGCGGCACACAUUGCCUUGAGAACCGUCCGCCGGUUUUUGGGAAAAACCACGGAGAGAGCAUAUCCACCAUCGUGUUCGCCGUGA